GAUCUGGUUGUGAGUCAGUCGAGCCUGGACAUCGAACGGGAUCACAACGAAAUAAUUAAAGCGCGUUUCGAGAAACAUAAUUCAAAAGUUGCUAUCAGCAGCGGUGCAAUACAUAAAAUAUAUAUAAAAUCGAACUAAAUAUGGCCAAAUGGCUCAUGGGCCUUUGGCUGGCGAUCCUGCUAGUGGAUCGACCCGGGGUUAUAGCUUAUCGAUCAGGCGGCUUAUCAGCAGCCGGGCACGGAAGCUCGAGUUACGGCGGCGACCAACAGCAACCUAUUUAUCAGCGGGACUCACCGUGUCCGCCGCAAUUCACGGGUCUGGUUGCGUAUCCCCACGACUGUCAUCGCUAUGUGAACUGCUACGCUGGUAGCCCCACCAUUCAGACAUGCUCGCCGGGAACCCUGUUCAACCCGAGGUCCCUGGUGUGCGAUCAUCCCAGCAAUGUGGAUUGCUCCUCGGCGGAAUCGCAAUCUACUCGCCUGGGACGUUUGCAGCAGUUCGAUAGUAAACCCAAGUGUCCAGCGGGAUUAAAUGGAUUGCAUCCGCAUCCGACGGAUUGCACCAAGUUCCUUAACUGCGCCAAUGGCCAGGCCUUCGUCAUGGACUGCUCACCGGGAACGGCUUUCAGUGCAGCAUCGCUCGUUUGUGUGCACAAGGAGAGCGCCAAUUGUGGAGGUGGAGAGGGAACCUCGGACCACGGUACGUCCGGGUUAGGCUAUCCUGUGGCUCCUUUGGCACCUUCGGAGGACUUGGGUUGUCCAUCCGGCUUUCGGGGCAUUCGACCACAUCCCCACGACGUGCACAAGUAUUUGCGUUGCGGCAUUGGCGUCAAGCCUCAGGUGGAACAGUGUCCGCAGGGAACGAUCUUCGAUGGCUCCACUUUGGUAUGUGUGUUUUCUGACUCCUCUCGGACCUCCUCUUCCUCCUUCACCUCCGCUGAGAUUCAGGUCAACUACCUCCUGUGUCCAGUGGGAGCAGUUGGCCUGUUUGUUCACCCCUUCGAUCAGACCAAGUUCCUUAGCUGCAAGGAUGGUAAGGCGGCUGUGCAAAGCUGCCAGCCCAAUUAUGUGUUCAGCAUUUCGAGGGGUUACUGUCAGCUGAAAACGCAAUUAGCCUUCAGCGACUAUGUGACAUUGAUUAUCUCCCAAGUGACCUAUGAGUAUUCAUUGAUAUUAAAUGCCUGUCCUGGCAAUAUCAACGGCAUCUACCUGUAUCCGUACGAUGCUGAAAAGUAUGUUCAGUGCUCGGCUGGUGGCAGGAUGUCCAUCCUAAGCUGUGGCCCCCAGAUGGCCUUCAGUGUCUCCCGAAGGUCUUGUCUUUCGCGUAGCCAAGUGCACAUCACUGACCGGGUGAAGUUCUGGGAGGAGAUCCAAGUGCAGACCACGUACACUUCCCAAAGCAGACAGCAGGGAUCUUCAAUCAGAUCGUGUCCAUCCAAUGUCCAAAAGAACUACCCCUAUCCCUUCCAUGCUGGCCACUAUGUAAAGUGCCAGAAUGGAGUUUUAGAGAUUGUCUGUUGUCCCACCGGACAGCUAUAUAGCCUCUCCCAGCGAGAGUGCGUGGCCCAUUACCUUCUCUCUACCCAUGACUUCUUGGAUUACUCCUAUAUCAGUUCCGAAUUUUCAACUGAAUUUAUGAUUGAUCGAUCGACGCUCACUUGUCCUCCACAAGUCCAGGGAUACUAUCUGCAUCCCUUCGAUUGCACCAAGUACGUCAGGUGCUGGAAUCAGCAGACCUUUAUUGAGAACUGCACACCCGGAGAAAUCUUCAGUUUCUCCAAUCAGAAAUGCGUUCCGAAGGACCAAUGUAAGGGCCUCACCGAUCAUGUGGAAUAUUUGAUUGAAACCACAACUGUUACGACUUACGAGGCGAAUGGACCGGAACCCGAAAAGAGCUUGGAUGGAAGCGGUGACAUCAGAUGCCCACCUGGAUCCUCUGGUCUGCAUGCCCAUCCAUUCGAUUGCACCAAGUUCUUGGAAUGUGCAAAUGGACAAACUUACAUUAAGAACUGUGGACCGGGAACUGCUUUCAGCACUGCCAUCAAGAGUUGCGAUUUUGCCAACAAGGUGGACUGCACCGGAAGAGGCUCUUUGAAUCAAGUUACGCAAACUAACCAAGGACCAAGCUACCCAACAAAACCCGUUGAGAUACUUCCACCAUCACAUUCAACCAACCCCUCGUACCCACCUGCUGAACACCUGACAGACCUUUUGUGUCCAUCUGGAGUGCAGGGUCAGUUUGUUCACCCCUUCGACCAAACAAAGUUCAUCCUUUGUCAAGCUGGUAGACUGGCGGUUCAAAGCUGUCAGCCUGGUUAUGUAUUCAGCAUAUCCAAGGGAAGCUGUCAGCUCAAGAUCCAGUUGGUCUACACCGACUAUGUGACCUAUAUAGUCUCUGUGAUCAGCAUAGAGCAGACUACGAUCCUCUCCGCUUGUCCUGGUGGCACCGAUGGUCUUCAUCUUUAUCCCUACGAUGCUGCAAAAUAUGUGCGUUGUUCUAAUGGCAAGAUGUCCAUUCUAACCUGUGGAACGGAAAUGGCCUUUAGUUUGGCCCAGCGAGCUUGCCGCCCAAGUCGACUGGUGGCGAGGGAAGAUCGUGUAAGGUUCUAUGAGGAGUUGCAGGUCCAGACAACGACAACGACGACCUAUACCAGUAAGGACCUUCAGGAACAUCAGUCUCCGCUUAGAGCUUGUCCACCCAGUUUGCAGGGGAACUACGCAUAUCCCUUCCACGCUGGCAAUUUUGUAAACUGCCAAAAUGGCCGCUUACAAAUUGAGAGUUGUCCCCAAUCAGCUUUAUACAGUCUACCUCAACGCCAGUGUGUAGCUCGUCGGCUUCUCUCCACACAUGACUAUGUGGAUUAUAGCCUAACCGCACCCCAAUUAACGACUGACCUCAUUCAGGACUUCUCAAUAUUGUCUUGUCCUCCGCAAGCUAACGGCCAUUUCUUACAUCCUUUCGAUUGCACCAAGUAUCUGAUUUGCUGGAAUAAACAAACCAAUGUAGGAAGCUGCAAGCAAGGCGAAGUAUUCAGCAUAUCUCAGCAAAAGUGUGUUGUCCGGGAUAAGAUAACUGAACCUUACGAUCGAGUGGAGUAUUUCGAGGAUACACAGCAUGAGUUGAGCCAGGAAGCGGAUGAGGAAGAGGAGCAGCCGGAGCAGGGCAAAGAACUCUCUCCUGGAGGAGGUUAUCAGUAUGAAACACCUUAUAAUUCGAAUACAGGCUUACUGCCAACUUCUCAGAGUAAUGAAGAUUACCAAUCUCCAUAUCCAACAAUUGGAGGUUACCAACCACCAUAUCCCCCGAAUGGAGGCUACUACCAGCCACCCUCUAAAUCAACCGGAGGUUACCAACCACCUUCUCAAUCAACCAAAGGUUACCAGCCAUCUUCUCCAACAACUGGAGGUUACCAGCCACCUUCUCAAUCAACCGGAGCUUCUCAGGCAUCUUCAUUUUCUCAGUCAUCUUCUCAAUCAACUGGAGGUUACCAGCCACCUUUUCAAUCAACCGGUUCUCAGUCAUCUUCAUCUUCUCAUUCAUCAUCUCAGUCAUCUUCUCAAUCAACUGGAGGUUACCAGCCAUCUUCUCAAUCAACCGGAGGUUAUCAGACAUCUUCUCAAACAACUAUCGGUUACCAGCACCCUUCUCAAUCACCUGGAGGUUACCAGCCACCUUUUCAAUCAACCGGAGGUUCUCAGUCAUCUUCAUCUUCUCAUUCAUCAUCUCAGUCAUCUUCUCAAUCAACUGGAGGUUAUUACCCACCUUCUCAAUCAACCGGAGAGUACCAGCCACCUUCUCAAUCAACUGGAGGUUACCACCCACCUUCUCAAUCAACCGGAGGUUACCAGCCACCUUUUCAAUCAACCGGAGGUUCUCAGUCAUCUUCAUCUUCUCAUUCAUCAUCUCAGUCAUCUUCUCAAUCAACUGGAGGUUACUACCCACCUUCUCAAUCAACUGGAGGUUAUUACCCACCUUCCCAAACGAGUGGUGUAGCUCACUAUCCCGGAGGAGUAGAGCCUUCUGCCCCACCACCAUCUCCUCUGAUGUGCCCAGAAAAGGCUAGUGGCCUCUUUCCGAAUCCCUUCGACGCUACCGGCUAUCUGACCUGCAUCGAUGGACAAACCCUAGCCAGGCAAUGCCCACCCCUAGAUUUGUUCAGUGUUUCUCAAGGAUACUGCUUGCCAGAGGAGCAUGUGGCCAAAACGGAUCGUAUUCCGUUUGAGAGAAAGCAAACCGAUCAGGAUAAUCCUUUGGCCUGUCCCAGAGGUUCCUUCGGCUUCUUCGUGUAUCCCUUCGAUUGUUCUAAGUACCUGAGCUGCGGUCCUAAUGGCAUGGAACUGUUGAAUUGUCCGGUUGAUCAGCACUACAGUGUUUCCCAUGGCAUUUGCAAGCCCCUUGAUCAGGUUCUACGAGAGGACCGUUUGUACACGCUCAGAGAGCUGUACAUAAUUUACGAGUGGACCCAGCGGAUGAAAAUCGUGGGCGCAGUGACCGCAUGUCCCGAGGGAAUAACCGGAACCUUGCCGCAUCCACGUCUGCCCAGCAAAUACCUUCGAUGUGGACCAGGCCAGGCCGAAAUGUUCGACUGUCCGAGCCAGCAGAUUUUCAGCGUCUCCCGAAGAGUGUGUGUGCUGGAUGAGAAGCUCGCCAGCGACGAUCGCACCGAUUAUUUAGUUCCAACUUCCGGUUGGAUUAUUCCGUCUAAUGACAAUCGUCAAUCGAAAUCUUUCGAGACCUCUGGCACGGAUCAGUUCGGCAACCGAUAUACCACGAAGACUACGACCACUACGCGGGUUAUUGGAGACCGUUGGACGGAUAUGAAUAUGCAGCGACCUUCGGGAGUUGGACUGGAACAAAACCACCAUCAUCAACAUCAUCAUCAUCAGCACGCUUACAACCCGAGUUGGUCUGGCCAGGAGACGUCCUACGUACAGCGUGGACCUUCCCAGAACACUCUCUUUGUGGAGGGAUCGCUGCAGCCGAACCAUGCCAGGGUGACAUCCCGGACCGAGCAGACCCUAUCUCCCAGUACCACUUACGCCUCGACAGACUUUCAAAGGAGCACCCGCAAGGCAGAGUUUCACCCGAACACCCCAACCCCAACUACUACAACCACAAUGAAAAAUAAUUGGCUUGCGUCCGGUCACAAUCGUGAAUAUCACCGACGUCAUCCAAAUCUACCCGAUCCGUUCACCGGUCACCAUCCCAAUCCCUCCCACCACCAUCGCCACCCCCAUGAGCACAGUGCCGACUUCCAUCGUCGUCAUCCGGAACUACCAAGUCCAUUUCCCCAAGAAAAAGAGACUGAUCAACAGGAGGUGCCAGAUGAGGACUGGGAGCUAAUGGCUAAUCCCAAUGCUGAGGAAGUGACUCCGAAACUGGCAGCCCGUUCGAGUUUCCACAACCAAUGCGAAUUCGAUUGCGGUAAUGGCAAAUGUCUGAAGAAGGAGCAGGUCUGCAAUGGUCAGAAAAACUGCGAUAAUGGAAAGGAUGAGACCAACUGCCCGCCUUUGGAUUACGAGGUGCGUUUAACUGGAGGAGAAAGCCCCCAUAUGGGUCGUAUUGAAGUCAAGGCUAAUGGUCAAUGGGGCUACGUGUGCGAUGACAAGUUUGGUCUUAAAGACGCCGAUGUCGUGUGCCGGGAACUUGGCUUCCAGUUGGGAGCCCAGGAAGUUCGUGGCAGCUCCUUUUAUGCUCCCCCCAACCAGGACUUUAACUAUCUGAUGGAUGAGGUCGAGUGUCAUGGCAAUGAAACCAAGCUGAGGGAUUGCGCCUUCAAGGGUUGGGGUGUCCACAACUGCGGGGUUGACGAAGUAGCCGGUGUGACCUGCAAGGUUCCGGUGAUGAAGUGUCCCAAUGACUACUGGCUAUGUCAGACCUCCAAGGAAUGCAUCCCGCCCGCAUUUGUGUGCGAUAAUACUGAAGACUGUGCGGAUAAGUCGGACGAAAGCGCAGCCGUCUGUCAUGCACCCGCUCAGUACCGUUUGGAUGGAGGACGCAGUGCCAACGAAGGACGACUGGAAGUUAAAUACCGUGGCGUUUGGGGCAGUGUUUGCGAUGAUGACUUUAACCUGAAGGCGGCCCAAGUUGCCUGCAACUCCAUGGGUUUCUUUGGACCAGCGAAAAUUGAGAAAAACAUUUAUGGCAUUGGCAACGGACCCAUUUGGCUCGAUCAGGUGAUGUGCUUUGGCAACGAGACCAGCAUCGAUCUGUGUAACCACUUCAACUGGGGCGAGAACAACUGCAAUCACACCGAAGAUGUGGCGCUGCAUUGCACUGCAGGACCACCACCUCGUAGUCAAAAGUAUGCCCAGAGUCAACUUAAAGGAGGUAGGAUGCUGGGAGAGGAAACUCCGGCCAGUUCCUAUUCUCAAAUUGGCCUGUGGGAGCGAUCUAGCAAAGCGCUGCAUACUCCCCGUCGCUGUGGCAUCUUCAAGGACGACCUGACCGAUGAGUACGCCCAUCGGGAGGAGCGCGUGGUCAGGGGAAAUGUGGCGCAGCGGGGUCGUCAUCCCUGGCAGGCCACCUUGAGGACCCGUGGACGUGGCGGUAUCUCCAGCCAUUGGUGUGGAGCGGUCGUGAUUUCCAAGCGCCAUCUCCUCACCGCCGCCCACUGUCUGUAUGGCACAUCGAAGGCAGCGUACUUUGUGCGCGUCGGCGAUCACUAUGCAAAUAUAGCCGAGUCCUCCGAGGUGGAUACGUACAUUGAAAACUGGUACAUACACGGGGACUUCCGCAAAGGAACUCAUAUGAACAACGAUAUUGCACUGGUGGUGCUGAAGACUCCUCUGCGGUUUAGUGAUUACGUUCAACCCAUUUGCCUGCCGGAUAAGAACACUGAACUCGUUCAGGACCGCAAGUGCACCAUUUCCGGCUGGGGUUCUAUUAAGUCUGGAGUGUCUACUCCUGCUCAAGUUUUGGGUUCCGCUGAGCUUCCCAUUCUAGCUGAUCAUGUCUGCAAGCAGCCUAAUGUAUACGGAUCGGCCAUGUCGGAAGGCAUGUUCUGUGCCGGCUCCAUGGAUGAGAGUGUGGACGCUUGCGAAGGUGACUCAGGCGGUCCGCUUGUGUGCUCCGAUGACGAUGGCGAGACUUUGUACGGCCUUAUUUCGUGGGGUCAGCACUGCGGCUUCAAGAACAGGCCGGGUGUCUAUGUCCGUGUCAAUCACUAUAUCGAUUGGAUCUACGAAAAAAUUAAUGAGAGCUUGAAGCGUUUUUAAGGGAACCUAAGCCCCAACAUUUUAAUCC